AUGCCGCCGGAAGCCACAAGGAAGGAACCUCCACCGGAAAUCAUAGUGGAAAACUCGGAAGAUACAAGCGACAAAGAUAACCAUGAAGAGCUUGAAGAGAAUGUCAUACCACCUCCUGCAUCUCGGGUAUUCAAGCCAAAGGUCAAAAUAGCAAAGAAGAGUCAAAAUGGAGCAAAAGAGUCAAAUCACCAAGUUCCCAAGUCUAGAGCACCAAAAUCUACAUUUCUCGCUAAAGACCAAACCGGAGCAUCCGAAAUUGCAGCCGUGCUCUCCAAAACCAAAAUCCCGGAGAAGCUAUAUGACCCGGGCAGGUUUGUUCUCUCAUGUAAUAUCGGAGGCACAACAUUUAAACGCAGUCUUUGUUACUUGGGGUCUAGUGUAAACUUGAUGCCUUACAUUGUGGCCAAACGUCUUGGGAUACCAAGCUUUAGACCAACAAAGAUUCAGUUUGUCUUUGCGGAUCGAUCGGUGAGGCGACCCGUUGGAGUGGUGACCGAUGUUCAAGUGAUGAUUGAGGAGUGUUACAUUCCGGCUGACUUUGUGGUGUUGAAGCUAGAUCAAGAACCUAGAGAUCCCCUGAUCCUUGGGCGCCGUUUCUUAGCCACAGUCGGAGCUAUCAUUGAUGUCACUUAUGUUGGCCUAGGAGAAGAAGUCAAGAGAGCAAAAACCUCCAGAACCCUCCCAAGUCAUCAAAAGAACCAUGGAUUGAACUAA